GCUCUGCCGCAGCGACUCAGCCUAUCGAUAAGGUUCAGUUAGCCAAGGUGGAGGAUGGGAAAAGAAUGGAACUGUCCCAGCUACUCAAUGAGAUCAGGGCAAACUAUGAAAAGCUCCUCACCAGAAAUCAGAUAGAGACGGUGCUCUCAACAAGGAUCCAGCUAGAAGAAGACUUAAGCAAAAAAAUGGACAAAGAUGAAGAGGCUUUAAAGGCAGCUCAAGCAGAACUCAAGGAAGCCCGACGCCAGUGGCACCACCUGCAAGUGGAAAUCGAGUCUCUCCAUGCUGUGGAGAGGGGUCUUGAAAACUCUCUGCACGCCAGUGAGCAGCAUUACCAGAUGCAGCUGCAAGACCUGGAGGCCGUGAUUGAAGGACUGGAGAAGGAACUGCUGGAAGUAAGGCGUGGCAUUGAAAAGCAGCUUCAAGAGCACGAGAUGCUUCUCAAUACGAAGAUGAGGCUGGAACAAGAAAUAGCCACUUACCGCCGCCUCCUAGAAAAGGAAGAAAUCAGAUAUUAUGGUUGUAUCCAAGGUGGGAAAAAAGACCAAAAACCCACCACGAGUAGAGUUGGUUUUGUUUUACCUUCAGCUAUUAUAAAUGAAAUAUCUUUUUCAACAAAAGUCCCACAAAGGUAUGAGAAUGAAAAAGUGGAAACAGUGACCAAACAGGCGAUAUUAAAUGGAAAUGUUGUAAAGGAGAGCACUGAGGCUCAUGGCACUAUCCAGACAGAGAAAGUGGAUGAAGUUAUUAAAGAAUGGGAAGGUUCCUUCUUUAAAGAUAAUCCUAAAUUAAGGAAAAAAUCUGUUUCUCUUCGAUUUGAUCUUCAUCUAGCAGCCACUGAUGAAGGAUGUUUACAGACUAAGCAAGAUAAUCUACCAGAUAUAGAAGUCAGGCUUAUCAUGAGACGAUCAUGCAGUAUCCCUUCUAUCAAACCUCCAGCAACAGCUAAUUAAUCCAAAGAUAGUAUUUGACCUGACUUGAAAAUUACGUUAGGAUGGACCAAGGUGGGUUGUGCUCACCCCCUUCUGUCCCCAAAUGUAAGUUAUUAAGUACGUAUGGAAAAUGUUACAAUCAACGUGUGAUUCUCUUCAGUAAAAAGAAAAAACAGUACUAUGGGACAAAGUUUUUCUGAAUCCAAUUAGGAUAUAUUUUUUUGGAAAGGGAGAGCUUAAAAAAUAGAAUCAAUAAUUCAGUAUGGUUUCUAUUUUAUUUAUUCUCCAAAUGGUCUUUUCCCUUGAAAUUUAUCAGGGACAGUCAGCAUUAAGCUGGUUUAGUUAAGUCUAUAAUUUCCCUCAGUAGCUGAAUACUCCAAGAAAAAAAUAGAUCACCUGAAUAUGACCGUUUUAAGAUCACACAGUUAUUCAUUAUUCCAUAACUGGUUAAAGCUAAAAAGUUUGUUCUACUUAAAAAAGAAAGCAAUUCUAAAUGAUUUUUUUAAAGAAAGACUCACUAUUCACUUAACCAGGAAUUUUGCCUUUGAGACAAUCAUUUGUACACUAAGAAAAAUAAGAAGAGUUCUUUUCCAUGAGCAGUUCUGAGCAAACUAGAGAACAUACCCCAAUGCUAAACUGAUAAUUAAGUAAAAUUAAGUUAAUCUACAUCUGAAAGUUUUUCUGUAAUCAGUAUCUAAUUUCCAGAAGAGUUACUUCAAUUAAAGAACUUUAAAGAUUGUAUCUUGCCUGCGCACACACACAAAAAGAAUCAGAGACCAGAUACACAAACAAAAAAUGAAAAGCAAGUCGAAAAGGUAGUUACUCAGACAGAAUGAUCCAACCUCUUACCCAAUUUUUCCACUUAUAAAGUUAAAAGUGAUUAGAGUGUUUGCUAUCAGUCUUAGGUAAACUACUAUAUGAAAUAUUAUAAAUAUUUCUUGCAAUCAUUUGUGUGAACUAGGAUAACUGUAUCGUUAUCUAA